CGUGUUUGCUGUUCUGCAUGCCGGAAGUCUGCACUUUCCUUUUCCGCUCUAACCCGGCGCCUGAAACACGAGUGUGCAUCUUUUCUCGUAUUACGGGGGAUUUUUACGUUUUACUGAGCCUAUUGGUGGAAUUUAACAGAAGAAUGAAACCCAUCCUGCUUCAGGGCCACGAGAGGUCCAUCACUCAAAUCAAGUACAACCGAGAAGGAGACCUCCUGUUCUCUGUAGCUAAAGAUACAGUAGCUAAUGUGUGGUACUCUGUCAAUGGUGAACGGCUUGGGACAUAUAAUGGACACACUGGAGCCGUGUGGUGUGUGGACUGCGACUGGGACACUAAAAGUGUGUUGACAGGAUCAGCAGACAACAGCUGCAGACUGUGGGACUGUGAAACUGGUAAACAGAUGGCUUUGCUCCACACCAACUCUGCUGUCAGGACCUGUGGCUUUGACUUCAGCGGAAACAUAAUCAUGUUCUCCACAGACAAGCAGAUGGGUUACCAGUGCUUCCUCAAUUUCUAUGACCUGAGGGAUCCCCAACAAAUUGAUGACAACCAGCCAUACCUUAGCCUUCCCUGCAAUGACACAAAAGUCACCAGUGCAGCAUGGGGCCCGCUGGGAGAGUUUGUAAUUGCCGGCCAUGAGAAUGGAGAGAUCAACCAGUACAGUGCAAAAUCUGGGGAGGUCCUGAAGAAGGCUAAGGAACACAGCAGACAAAUCAAUGACCUGCAGCUUUCUGUCGACCUCACAAUGUUCAUCAGUGCCUCCAAAGACUGCACUGCAAAGCUGUUUGACUCUAUGUCACUGGAUCACAUAAAAACCUUCAAGACAGAGAGACCUGUCAACUCCGCUGCAAUUUCCCCCAUCAUGGAUCACGUGGUGAUGGGUGGUGGUCAAGAAGCCAUGGAUGUCACAACAACAUCUACUAGGAUUGGAAAGUUCGAGGCCAGGUUUUUCCAUGCAGCCUAUGAAGAGGAGUUUGGCAGGGUGAAGGGUCAUUUUGGUCCCAUUAACUGUGUGGCAUUCCAUCCAGAUGGAAAGAGUUACAGCAGUGGUGGAGAGGAUGGUUAUGUCAGAAUUCAUUACUUCGACCCACAGUACUUUGACUUUGAGCUGGAAGCGUAAAACCAGGCCAAUCCCACACAACCUUACAGCUUCAGCUAAUACUGGACUGAACUCUGAAUAAGAAACAUCCCCAGACAAGAAUACAUUUAAAGUCGACUUGUGGACAUUUGGAGCAGUGGAGCUACUCUUAUCUUGUGGUGGUUUGCAUUAAAUUUCACAUUGAAUUUUUUGUCCUUUGAGUCACCAGGAUUAAUUGAUUUGACAGGAUUUUAAACCCUCUAUCCAUUUCAUAUAAUUUAAUACUAAAACAUGGAAAAAAUGCUAUUUUGUGAUGUCAUUCCACCUCUACACAACAUAAAUAAUAAUAAAAAGUAUAAUUGCUUAUACAAAUAA